AUGGCGACUCCUAGUCGCCCUCAAUUUUUCUGUACCCGCCCUGAUGGGACCUUGACCCCCCUUGUGGCUGUCGAUGAGCUACCCACUAAUGUCACCAUCCGUGGUGUCUCUCGCACCCUCAAUGCUGGAGAAACCCAGGGUAUGACCAGUUGUGGCCUGGCUCCCCAACGUCCUGAACCUUGGACUGUCGACGGGGUUACCCAGUCCUCUGAGCGUGAGGUUGGGAAGGAACCUUUGCCUGAUAUGCACAGCCUCUUGCUGCAAAUUAUCACCAACAAAAAUGUCCCUGAGCCCAUGCGGGCAUCUGCGCAAGCCAUUCUCUUCCAGGGAAUCGACUGCGCUAGCGGACCUGCUGGCCAAGGCACUCCUACUAGUGGACUGUCUCCAAUUGCACCAACCUUUUAUGCAAAGAAUCCCCAGACGGGCAAUAAGCAUGCUCCGAGUUCCAAGAAGGAGUACUGCUCAUACUGGAUUCGUCAUGGCGAGUGUGACUAUUCUCAGCAAGGUUGUCUGUAUAAGCAUGAAAUGCCCACUGAGAUGCACAUGAUUGAGAAACUUGGUCUCCGCGAUAUUCCCCGCUGGUACCGCGAAAAGUACAACGUUGCUAGUGUUUUGCACCCAAGCCAAAACCGUCCACAGCUUACCAUUGCGGAUCAGCCGCCCAUGCGGGCCCUGCCAUCCCCAGCUUCGCCCACCAACGAGAGCUGCGCCAGCAAAAUGUCCACUAUCCAUGCGAACCCAAAGCUGAAUAAGUCCCCUCCCCAGUUUAACAAGUCCCCUCCCCGCGGACCGGCCAACCGUGGAGGCCACAGUGGUUUUGGUAAUCACAAUCAGCAUCGAGGAGGUCGCAACGGGGCCCCGAAUGGACAUCAUGGCAACAACUGGAAAGGUACCCAGCGGGGUGGCCGUAACCGAAACAUGGGCUCUGUUCGUCAUGGCAUUAGCGGCGAGCGUGAUGGCGAGCGCAGCGGCGAGUGUUCCCCCGGCAUGGAAUCCGCCCCAGCCAGCUACGAUUAUGGAUCUCACGGAUUUGGCGGCAACCAAGUUUGCACUCCGACUACCCCGGCCGCUGUUCCGGCCUCGGUUCCAAUCACUGUCUCAGCUACUGGUCAUGUUGCUGCUCCCAUGGCUGCCCACCAAUUUCUUUUGGAUGACGGUAACUCCCACAACCGGAAUGCGUACUGGAAGCUCAAUGAGCUGACCGAGUGUAACCAAGAUGUGUUCGAAGAUGCCUCGAACAAGCCGGUUGAACUCCACCACCGUGUCCAGCCUCGCCACAUGUACCAACACAGCUCGAACCCUUCUUCUGAUGGCGGCGUCAUGCUCCCCAAGGAGCCCGCCGUGACCUACGAGUCGAACUUCGGUGCUUUCACUCGUGGUGAUAUUCCUUCUCGCAAGCAGUCAGACUCCAGUGGCUCUCAUGCUACCGUUCAGGUGAACUAUGGACCUUCCACUCCCCAGAUUGGAGAUCUUCAGAUUACCGACAACGUGCCCCUAAACUCGGCCGACACCCGUGUCACUUGGGGUGCCAUUGGAGGUCCCAUUCUCAAGCGCACUUCGCCUCCUGUCGAGAACAUUGCGCACAUGUUUGGACCUUACUCAAACAGCCACCACAGCAGCUAA